AUGAGUGAUUUCAUGGGGAUCCUUCUGUUCUUGACUCUCAUGGUUUGGGCAAUCUGGGCCCAGGAGCCAAUGAUAAGGAGUCCUUUUGCUGUUGGUUUCCAGGAAUGUAAGCAAACUCUAAAACUCCCUACUCUGGAAGUUCUUCCUGGAGGUGGCUGGGAUAACUUGAGAAAUCUUGACGCAGGGAGAGUGAUCAACCUAAAUUAUUCUUUGUGCAGAACUACAGAAGAUGGGGCUUAUGUAAUUCCCAAUGAGGUCUUCACCAUCGCCCGUAAACAAAGUUAUCUGGAAUUUAACUCAGAGAUCAUAGAAUCUUGGCUGGACUACCAGAGUGCCACCUCUGUUUCCAUCAAUUCAGAGCUGUCAUCGUCCUACAUCAAUGGCAAGUUCUCCAGUGACUUCCGCAGGAUGAAGACUCACCAAGUGAGAGACCAGGCUGUAACUACCAGGGUUCAGGUCAGAAAUUUGAUCUACACUGUAAAAUUUGACCCUGCAGCAAUGUUAGAUGAAGGCUUCCGCCAACAGGUUAUUACCAUUGCUAACCAUGUGGAGAAAAACCAGACUCGAAUGGCUGACUACUUAGCAGAAAUCUUGGUGUUGAACUAUGGUACACAUGUUAUUACCAGUGUGGAUGCUGGUGCCAGCCUUGUCCAGGAGGACCAAAUCAAAUCCACCUUUCUGAAAGACAGCUGGUCCAUGCGAAGUUCUAUCACAGCUGCAGCUGGGGUCUCUUUUCGCGACGUUGUCAAUUUCAACAGCAGUAUUGCAGCUGGCACAGAUGAUUUUUUAAUCAAGCAGUACCAAAGCAACCGCACCAACUCCAGGGUGGAGAGCAUUGGGGGAUUGCCCUUUUAUCCUGGGAUUACCCUGAAAGCUUGGCAAGAGAGCAUCACCAACCAGUUGGUAGCAAUUGACCGUUCAGGUUUGCCUUUGCAAUUUUUCAUCACUCCAAACCAUCUGCCAGAAUUACCCACCCCCUUAGUGAAAAGAUUGUCCUGGAUUGUGAAGUCUGCUAUCUUUCGCUAUUACACUUUCAAUACUUACCCUGGCUGCACCAAUGCAGCCUCACCAAACUUCAACUUCCACGCCAACACUGAUGAUGGAACCUGUGAAGGGACAGCAAACAAUUUCACUUUUGGAGGUGCCUAUCAGGAGUGUGCCCAGCUAGAGGGCCCUGAUGCUGCUGUGCUCUGCCAAAGCCUGGAACAGAGGAACCCCCUCACUGGAGCAUUCUCUUGCCCUGUGGGUUAUGCACCAGUAAGACUGAGCUCCCAGCAACGUGUAGAAGGGUACAGCCACUUGGACUGCCACCAGGACUGCCUUGUAUGGAAGAUAUUUUGCAAGAUGGUUUGCAAGGAUAUUUUCACAGUCUCCAAAGUGCAAUUUAGUGCAUACUGGUGUGCAGCAAGAAGCCAGGUCCCUGAAAAAACAGGAUACCUCUUUGGGGGGCUCUUUAGUGCCAAGAUCACCAACCCCAUGACUAAUGCCCAGUCCUGUCCUUCCACUUUCUUCCAGCUGAAGCUCUUCGACCAGCUCAAACUCUGUGUCAGCAGAGAUGAAAGAGGACAGAGGUAUUCUGUGCCCUUUGGAGGGUUCUUCAGCUGCCAGGUAGGAAACCCCUUGGUGGGGUCCCACAAUGGAACAGAUAAUGACCCAUACCCCAAAAGAUGCCCAGCUGGAUUUAGUCAGCAUCUGGCUGUGAUCAGUGACGGAUGCCAAGUGGAAUACUGUGUCAAAGCAGGCCUCUUCACAGAAGGACCAUUACCCCAGGCCAGACUCCCACCCUUCACUCGCAAACCUACUGUAAGUCUUACUGCUAUUGACACUGUCCUAGUUGUGAAUGGCAAUAGUGAUCAGACCUGGGUCAAAGAUUCCCAGAGUAAGUUGUGGAAGCCAGGCAGCCCUACUGAUAUGUACAAUAUGAAGAUGGCUAGUGGAAGCCUAUCAGACGGAGAAGCCGCUGGGGUCACUGUCGGUGCCACAACUUGCUUGGCCAUUCUGAUUGGCCUGGCUGUCUAUGGCUGCAGGAGGUACAAGAAAAAGGAGUACAACAAGAUGAAGGAAGAGGAGAAGAGAUUGGUAUCAAACAACCCUUUGUACGGUCUCAUGCCGGAAGUGGAGGACACACAGCUGAAGGAAGAGGAAAGGCAAACAGUUUAAUGGGGGUGAUUAUGCUUUACCAAUCCCAUACAUUUCUCCCUUUCCACACCCCAAACCUGC